GCACCCCGCCGUCCAGGCUUCUGGGGUGUUCCCCAACCAAGGCCCAGCCCUGCCACACCCCCCGCCUCCGGCCUCCGCAACUCGGCAUGGGCGCGGGGGCGCUCGUCCUGGGCGCCUCCGAGCCCGGUAACCUGUCGUCGGCCGCACCGCUCCCCGACGGCGUGGCCACCGCGGCGCGUCUGCUGGUGCCCGCGUCGCCGCCCGCCUCGUUGCUGCCUCCCGCCAGCGAAGGCCCCGAGCCGCUGUCGCAGCAGUGGACGGCGGGCAUGGGUCUGCUGAUGGCGCUCAUCGUGCUGCUCAUCGUGGCGGGCAACGUGCUGGUGAUCGUGGCCAUCGCCAAGACGCCGCGGCUGCAGACGCUCACCAACCUCUUCAUCAUGUCCCUGGCCAGCGCCGACCUGGUCAUGGGGCUGCUGGUGGUGCCGUUCGGGGCCACCAUCGUGGUGUGGGGCCGCUGGGAGUACGGGUCCUUCUUCUGCGAGCUGUGGACCUCGGUGGACGUGCUGUGCGUGACGGCCAGCAUCGAGACCCUGUGUGUCAUCGCCCUGGACCGCUACCUCGCCAUCACCUCGCCCUUCCGCUACCAGAGCCUGCUGACGCGCGCGCGGGCGCGGGGCCUCGUGUGCACCGUGUGGGCCAUCUCAGCCCUGGUGUCCUUCCUGCCCAUCCUCAUGCAUUGGUGGCGGGCGGAGAGCGACGAGGCGCGCCGCUGCUACAACGACCCCAAGUGCUGCGAUUUCGUCACCAACCGGGCCUACGCCAUCGCCUCGUCCGUGGUCUCCUUCUACGUGCCCCUGUGCAUCAUGGCCUUCGUGUACCUGCGGGUGUUCCGCGAGGCCCAGAAGCAGGUGAAGAAGAUCGACAGCUGCGAGCGCCGUUUCCUCGGCGGCCCCGCGCGGCCGCCCUCGCCCUCGCCCUCGCCCUCGCCGGUCCCCGCGCCGCCGCCCGGACCCCCGCGCCCCGCCGCCGCCGCUGCCACCACCGCCCCGCUGGUCAACGGACGUGCGGGUAAGCGGCGGCCCUCGCGCCUCGUGGCCCUGCGCGAGCAGAAGGCGCUCAAGACGCUGGGCAUCAUCAUGGGCGUGUUCACGCUCUGUUGGCUGCCCUUCUUCCUGGCCAACGUGGUGAAGGCCUUCCACCGCGAGCUGGUGCCCGACCGCCUCUUCGUCUUCUUCAACUGGCUGGGCUACGCCAACUCGGCCUUCAACCCCAUCAUCUACUGCCGCAGCCCCGACUUCCGCAACGCCUUCCAGCGACUGCUCUGCUGCGCGCGCAGGGCUGCCCGCCGGCGCCACGCGGCCCACGGAGACCGGCCGCGCGCCUCGGGCUGUCUGGCCCGGCCCGGACCCCCGCCGUCGCCCGGGGCCGCCUCGGACGACGACGACGACGAUGUCGUCGGGGCCACGCAGCCCGCGCGCCUGCUGGAGCCCUGGGCCGGCUGCAACGGCGGGGCGGCGGCGGACAGCGACUCGAGCCUGGACGAGCCGUGCCGCCCCGGAUUCGCCUCGGAGUCCAAGGUGUAGGGCCCGGCGCCGGGCGAGGACGCCGGGCACCCCGGGAGGAGGAGAGCCCGGGCGCCCCGGAACGACUUCCCGGGGGAACGAGGAGAUCUGUGUUUACUCAAGACCGAAAGCAGGUGAACUCGAAGCCCACAAUCCUCGUCUGAAUCAUCCGAGGCAAACAGAAAAGCCACGGACCAUUGCACAAAAAGGAAAGUUUGGGGAGGGAUGGGAGAGUGGCUUGCUGAUGUUCCUUGGUUUUUUUUCUUUCUUUCUUCCUUUUUUUUUUUUUUUUUUUUUUUUUUCUGUUUGUGGUCCGGCCUUCUUUUGUAUGUGCGUGUGAUGCAUCUUUAGAUUUUUUUUCCCCCACGUUGGUUUUUGACACUCUCUGCGAGGACCGGAGUGGAAGUUGGGUGGGUUACGGGAAGGAAGAAGCAUUAGGAGGGGAUUAAAAUCGAUCAGCGUGGCUCCUAUCCCUUUCCCAGGAACAGGAGCAGUCUACCAGCCAGAGGGAGGAGAAUGACAGUUUGUCAAGACGUAUUUUCUUUUGCUUUCCAGAUAAAUUUCAUUUUAAUUUCUAAGUAAUGAGUUCUGCUGUCAUGAAAGCAAACAGAAAGGAUGGAGGCAAAAAAAAAAAUUCACGUUUCAAGAAAUGUUAAGCUCUUCUUGGAACAAGCCCCACCUUGCUUUCCUUGUGUAGGGCAAACCCACCGUCCCCCGCGCGCCUGGGUGGUCAGGCUGAGGGAUUUCUACCUCACACUGUGCGUUUGCACAGCAGAUAGAACGACUUGUUUAUAUUAAACAGCUUAUUUAUGUAUCAAUAUUAGUUGGAAGGACCAGGCGCAGAGCCUCUCUCUGUGACAUGUGACUCUGUCAAUUGAAGACAGGACAUUAGAGAGAGAGAAACAGUUCAGAUUACUGCACAUGUGGAUAAAAACAAAAACAACAAAAAAAAGGAGUGGUUCAAAAUGCCAUUUUUGCACAAUGUUAGGAAUUACAAAGUCCACAGGAGAUGUUACUUGCACAAAAAGAAAUUAAAUAUUUUUUAAAGGGGGAGGGGCUGGGCAGAUCUUAAAAACUAAAAUAAAAUUCAAACUCUACUUCUGUUGUCUAGUAUGUUAUUGAGCUAAUGAUUUAUUGGGGAAAAUACCUUUUUAUACUCCUUUAUCAUGGUACUGUAACUGUAUCCAUAUUAUAAAUAUAAUUAUCUUAAGGAUUUUUUAUUUUUUUUUUUUUAUGUCCAAGUGCCCACGUGAAUUUGCUGGUGAAAGUUAGCACUUGUGUGUGAACUCUACUUCCUCUUGUGUGUUUUACCAAGUAUUUAUACUCUGGUGCAACUAACUACUGUGUGAGGAAUUGGUCCAUGUGCAAUAAAUACCAAUGAAGCACAAUC